UCUCAACCGUUCUGCGCGUUAAACGCUGCUGAUCCACUGGGCAUGGACCAAUGGACCAAUGGAUGCGGGAAGUGAGAUCGAUUGGUCUGUGCUGGAGAACCAGUCUGCAGAUAUCGAGGCUGCUGAGAAUUUCAGUAGCGAGCCAGAAGCGUGGCCCUCGAACGAGGAUGAAGCUGUGGAUGAAGAGGUCGAGGACCCAAGGGUGUCGUUUGAGGCGCAGGAUGCCCUGAUUGAGGCCUGCCAGAAAUAUUUCGAGAUCCAGAUUGAUGAGAUCGAACCGUUGGCACUACCCAGUGCUUGGGUCGCCGAACUCCAGGAUUUUUGGGAAAAAUUUCUCCAGAGGGUAGGUGGCAGACAAUCUGCAGGGGAACUCAUCUACGAUGCUAUCUUGGAAGCUGCUCCGAGGAUCAUCACGGAUGACUUUAGCACCUUCCCGCGCACCGUUUGGAGCAGUCGCUUCCUCGAUGGCCUCGCGGCGCUCAUCACAGAGCUUUCGGAUGCGGAGGUCCUGCGCAACCGAGCAGAGGCCAUGGGGUUUUCGCACCUGUCACUGGCCGUGACCUUUUCCAAGUGCGAACUCUUCCGCGACGUCAUCGUGUCUUUGAUUGAACAAGAACUUGGAGUCGCACAAUUUCCACCGCACUGCGAUGCACGAAAAUGUUUCAACGUAAUCUUGAACUACAUUUCUGGAGCCUUGCUCUAUACCCAUGAUACUUUUGCAACUCGGGUGAAGGCCAUUCAGAAAAGUUGGAGGCAAGCCAAUAAGAAAGUGGACGAGGCAGAGCUCGUUGAUGAGGAGAAAUCAGAGGUGGGUGAAACAUCUGGAAAGUUGAAGGCAGAAAACGCUGCACAGGAGAAGUUUCACGACUUUAGCAAGGCCGCGAAACGCCGGCGGAAAGGACUCAAUGUUCCGAAGACCUUCAAUGAAAUGUUUCUCUUCAAUUCCUGUGUCAUGGGCUAUGAAGACUCAGAGUGGAUGGAUUUAAUCUUAGAUCAGUUCGACGCCAUCGCCAGCAAUGUGCAUUACCUCCACCGAUUGCAGGAAGAAUGCGAUGUUUUGUCGAUGGUCCUCACCAAGUAUUUGAACAAAAUCACCUAUUCCGAGUUCAAGGUCGUUCUGCUAGCGACUUUGAGAUCUUUGGUCAAGGAGUGGAACAGCGACAUGGAUGUAGCGUGGAACUGGUUCUGGGACAGGCUGGAGCAGAUGUUGAUGGAUCGCAAGACUCUGUUAACCUACCAAAAAAAGGUGAGAGAGACCUACACAUCUGUGGAUGAGAAGUCUUUCCAGCUGCUUCGAACGACGCUCUUCGAAAACUUCUUUUUGAGUGUCCCUGCGGCUCAGGAAUAUCUCAAGACUUCUAUGACAAGACUCUAUUUUGUAGCUGACCGCAUCUUUGAAAUGACCUUCGAGAUGUAUGAAAACCCGCGCAAGAUGGUUCAGGACAUCACCUCUGUGGGACUGAUGCACGUGGGUAUGAACAUUCCCCGUGAGUUCUUCAAACCUUUUGCCGUGGCAGCCAUGCAGACCUUCGAGGAUGUGAUCAAACAGGAUGUGGCGUGCUUAGGUUUCUCUUGGUCCAUCUCCUUGAUCGGCCGCGUCAUGGAACGCGUCAUUGCCGAAGGAUCCACCGUGGUGAUGAAGGCGAUUUGUCUCAACCAAGAGAACCAGCUUUCGGAAGCCAUGGCUGUGGCCCCGCGAGCAGAACGAGCUCAACAUCUGCUGGUGGUGUCUGCUGGGGAAAUGUCCACCUCACCCUUAUACUGGUCGAUCGACAGCGGCCAUUUGGGAUGCGCACGGAUCAUCAUUGAGGACCUGCUGACCAUCCGUGCCGAUCGGGACAACUACUACUAUGGCUGUGACACUCUGUUCCACGUACAUCCAGAUCUGAUCCAUCACCUUUGUAACAAUGCUCCAACCUUGCUUGGGCCCCUGCUGGACGGUCUUGUUUGGAAGUCACGAUCGACGCACAAUGGUCUUCGGCGGGUGAACUACUUCAUCAAAAACCUCCUGCAGGACAAGGACGGCAAUUUCAGCAAGAGCAUUGAGUGGCUGGUGAAUUAUGGUGACCCUAAGGCCAUUUCUCACCCUGCAAGCGCAUUGGCUGUGAACCUGGUGUGGUCUGGUUUGGCAGUGCGCUAUUUCUUGGCCGGGCGAGUGUUCUUUCUAAUCAGCCUGUUUGCCUUUAUGGCGGGGCAGGCCGCUUAUGUCCACCACGAUGGAACAGAAAGCUACGUGGACAACCUCGUGGUUGCUUCGUGCCGUGCUUUUACAUAUUUCCUCUCCAUGACCAGCUUGCUCUCUUACCACAUCAAGCAUCUCUAUGUUGAUUGCGUUGUGGGAAAUGUCGUCCAUAGAAGCUAUGUGCCCAUUCCGUUGUACCUCUGCAACUCCCGACAGCUUUGCAGUUUGAGUCUGGGCUUUUUGCUGGUGCUGAUGGUCACGCUUGAGCCGGUUCUUUGGUGCUUGGGCGAGUUCGCUAAUCCCAUCUCACAUUUCGAGAUCUUCACCACCAACUGCCCUGCUGCAACCGAUGAUUUGAAGAACAUCUAUUCAGUCUGUGCUUCUUUGGCGUCGCUUCUCUAUUGGUUUCUCCUGACAGAUUUGGCCGUCUUCUCCAUGCGACUCUACGCCUUGCUCUUGGUCUGUGAAGUGGUGGCGAUGGAGCUGAUUCUCUUCCUGGCCUCCGCACUAUUUUUGAUUUUAUCCUUCUCCACGGCACUCAAUGCCUUGGAUCACAGCAUCGAAGACUUUGAAGGCGUGCCACGCUGGGCCAAGAGCUUGGGACAAAUCGUGAUCAACAUGUUGCCCACCAGCUUCUAUUAUGGAAUUCAGUCCAGUGCCACCGUCUUUUUGAUCAUGUCCCUGUUCGUUGGUCUCAUCUCCUUUGUGCUGGUGAAUCUUCUGGCAGUGCAGCUGAUGGAAGCCUAUGCCGCGCACUCUGAGGACCUGCAGGGUUGCGCACAACUGAGCCGCGCUGCAAUACUGGUGCGCAGCAUGGAGCAGGUGCAGCACAACAGUUGGAGCAGCUUCCUGAAGAACUUGCAAUUCGAUGAGCCAUUGGAAUUCAACGAAGGAGACGUUGGCUUGGCCGGUGGCGUCCAGGUCCUUGAAAAUGCUCAAACAAGCGUCAUAACUGUGGAUCGAAUUCAACGCUACGGUGGUUUGACGGGUCCAUCCUUACCAUGGCCUCUAGAAGAAAAGAAGAAAAGUCUUCGUCAGGAGCGAUUUCAGCGCUUGGAGACCCUCUUCCUCAAGGCGGAGAGAAACGGGAACUCCUUUGGAAGGAAAGCGGCCAAGAAGCGGUCCUUGACCUUCACCAAUGCCAUGGCCAUGUUCGGCAGUUCCGUUGGAGCCUCUGACGCUUCCGGGGUAUCUGGCUGACGGGUUGGCCACGACGGUGACCAGAGGUGACAUAUUUUUUGGGGGUUGGUUGCUCC